CCGGAGUGGGCGGCGAAUGUGAGUGAAAGAGACAGGGAGAGACGUUUGAAUAGUUGCUGAGGCGGAAAUAUAGAAAUUGAGAAAAAUAGUUCAGUUAAACAGUAUAUUUGACAAGACGGUAAUUCCGCAUCAAACUAUCCGUGUUAUUUCCAUUGGGAAGUACAGACCAGAAAGAAGCGACCGGCUUUGUAGCGAGGCGAUGUUGUUCGCUAGCUAGCUAGAGGACGCGCGAGGUGAAUUGACUCCCCCUUUCUCUCGCUGCUAACAAGCUAGCCAACAAAACAGUAGUAAUCCAAUCCCGAUCAACGAAAGAUUCUCGCACAGUGUGUGUCCGAUAGAUCCCGAGUCACUUCAUUGAAUGAGGACUGACCCCCCUUUGCAGGUUGACUAUGGUGCUGACAGGGAAACGGUCUGAGAAGGGACCAGUGUGUUGGAGGAGAAGGGUAAAGUCUGAGUACAUGAGGCUACGCCAACUCAAACGCUUCAGACGGGCUGACGAGGUCAAGAGUAUGUUUAACUCUAACCGUCAGAGGAUCUUGGAGCGGACAGACAUCCUGAACGCUGAGUGGAAGACCAGGAGGAUCCAGCCCGUUCACAUCAUGACAUCUGUUAGCUCCUUACGAGGGACCAGAGAGUGUACGGUGGACAGUGGUUUCUCUGAGUUCUCCAAACAAGUGAUCCCUCUGAAGACGCUCAACGCUGUAGCCUCUGUCCCUGUCAUGUACUCCUGGUCCCCGCUACAGCAGAACUUCAUGGUAGAAGAUGAGACGGUUCUCCACAACAUCCCCUACAUGGGAGAUGAGAUUCUGGACCAAGACGGAACCUUCAUAGAAGAACUCAUCAAGAACUACGACGGCAAAGUUCACGGAGACAGGGAGUGCGGCUUCAUCAACGAUGAGAUCUUUGUGGAGCUGGUGGGUGCCCUGACCCAGUACAGUGACAACGAUGAUGAUGAUGAUGAUGAUGAAGAGCAGGAGUUUAAGCUGGAGAAGAUGGAGCUGUGUGAGGGGAAGGACCACCUGGCCGAGGACCCCCGAAAGGAACCCCUGAUCAACACUGACAGCCAAGGCAGCAGUGACAGCUCUAAGAAGUUUCCGUCUGAUAAGAUCUUUGAAGCCAUCUCCUCAAUGUUCCCUGAUAAGGGCUCAACAGAGGAACUUCGAGAAAAGUACAAGGAGCUGACAGAGCCCCAGUUGCCCGGUGCAUUGCCUCCAGAGUGUACUCCUAACAUGGACGGUCCUAACGCUCGCUCCGUUCAGAGAGAACAGAGUCUACACUCCUUCCACACACUCUUCUGCCGACGCUGCUUCAAAUACGACUGCUUCCUGCACCGUGAGUCCUUCCAUGCAACUCCUAACACCUAUAAGCGUAAGAACAUGGAGAAUCUGGUGGACAGUAAACCCUGUGGUGACGAGUGUUACAUGUACCUGGUGCAGGAUGGUUUGGUAAGGGAGUACCCUGACGGCAUGGCAACUGAGAGGUCCAAGACCCCUUCCAAACGCCCCGUGAGCCGUCGCCGGGGACGACCCAGCGGCAACAGCCGGCCCAGCACACCAACGGUCUCCACGGAUACCAAAGACACGGACAGCGAGCGGGAGGGGAAAGACGACGACAAAGAUGAUGAUGAUGAUGAUGACAAGAAGGAGGAGACCACCAGCAGUUCAGAGGGUAACUCACGGUGCCAGACUCCAGUGAAGUUGAAGCUGACGUGUGAUCCUCAGGUUGUCGAUUGGAGCGGAGCCGAGGCUUCACUCUUUAGGGUUCUCAUCGGAACCUACUAUGACAACUACUGUGCUAUAGCACGGCUCAUAGGAACCAAGACCUGCAGACAGGUAUAUGAGUUCAGAGUGAAGGAGUCUAGUAUCAUCGCUCGCGUUCCGGCCGAGGACGAAGACACGCCCCCUCGCAAGAAGAAGAGGAAACACAGGUUGUGGGCCACUCACUGCAGGAAGAUCCAACUGAAGAAAGAUGGCUCGUCCAACCACGUGUAUAAUUACCAGCCAUGUGACCACCCCCGCCAGCCCUGUGACUCCUCCUGUCCCUGCGUCACUGCUCAGAACUUCUGUGAGAAAUUCUGCCAGUGCAGCUCUGAGUGUCAGAACCGUUUCCCAGGCUGCAGGUGUAAGGCCCAGUGUAACACUAAACAGUGUCCAUGUUACCUUGCGGUCAGAGAGUGUGACCCCGACCUCUGUCUGACUUGUGGAGCCGCUGAACACUGGGACAGCAAGAACGUCUCCUGUAAAAACUGCUCCAUACAGAGGGGAGCCAAGAAGCACCUGCUCCUAGCUCCGUCUGACGUAGCAGGCUGGGGCAUCUUCAUCAAAGAGCCAGUUCAGAAGAACGAGUUCAUCUCUGAGUACUGUGGAGAGAUAAUCUCCCAAGAUGAGGCGGAUCGCAGAGGGAAGGUCUAUGACAAAUACAUGUGUAGCUUCCUCUUCAACCUCAACAACGACUUUGUAGUGGAUGCUACUAGGAAAGGAAACAAGAUUCGUUUCGCCAACCAUUCCGUCCACCCCAACUGCUAUGCAAAAGUGAUGAUGGUGAAUGGGGACCACAGGAUAGGGAUCUUUGCUAAGAGAACCAUACAGACUGGAGAAGAGCUCUUCUUUGACUACCGGUACAGUCAAGCUGAUGCUCUGAAGUACGUCGGCAUCGAGCGGGAAUCAGAGAUGCCAUGAUCCCCUCUUCUACCUCCUCUGGAUCAAAGGCCUUACACACACACACACACACACACACUCUUCUCUUCAGGAAACACAAAUUACUAAUUGUCUGGAUGCUUCAAGAAUUCUGGGAAGUUGACUCUUUUUCUCACUUUGAAUAGUUUUUCUACCAACAAAUCUUCCUGUUCUCUGGGAUAUGUGGGACUCAUUGCUACGGUCACUAGAACUGUCUUUCCUCCAUUUACAGCUAACAAACACACAUAAACAGGUCUUAAUAAAUCCACUGAGGGGAUCUCUUUAGCGCUGUGAUACUUUUUAUACUUGAUCCAAAUCCAUGGACACAUUGACUCAACCAUAACAACUGGUUGUUGAGAACAUUUUACUUAGCCCCUGACCACCAGCUAGACUAAAUGCAGGUUUAAAAGAGCUGUCACUGGUGACUUUUUCCCCUCCCCUAGCCAGUGUCCAAACCUUGGUCUCAAACUCCACAGACACACUCUUGAAUGCCGGAACAUUGUUUUGAGACUAUAUCCUGAUAUCUGAGGUGAUAGCAGUACUGUUGACCAGCAGCACUAUAGCACUAUAUAUUUUUUAAUAUCCUGGUUUAUUCCUAAAACUAUCUUCUGUCUUUUAUUUCUUCAUGUUUUGAACUUUUGAUGACCAUUGACUACCUGAGGCAUGCUUUGACGCAAUCUCUAUUCUAGAUGGUGCUAAGACAGUGUGAUGUUUUCUCACAUACUAAACCUUGAGGUUUUGUAAACACCCCCAGAUAUCCACUUCUGCUGUGCCUUGAAUCUUGUCGUUAGAACACUGAAUAGUCACUUGAUUAGAGCCCUUAAGUGUUGAUUUAUUGAUGUGUCCACAAUCUGAUUAAUGCAUGAUGACGAAAGCUUCCAUGUUUAUAGUCCAGGGAAGACCUCACUGCUACUAUAGUCUAGUGACGCCUGGUGCUUGUGAAUACUGCAGACUUCAACCAAUACAACCAGCCUUGAAUAAUGUUAAGUAAUGUUCAUGUCUUCACCUGCAGUGGGACAAACUGCUCCGAUUUAUCUCCUGUUUUUACAACUAACUUAGUGUCAACUUUACCAGCAGCUGAGAGGGUUCUGUAAAGGCCUACAGACAGAUCUAGAUGACUGACGGUUGUGUUUAGUAGAUGGGAGAAGUCUGACUCUCCUUUGUUUUAAGUAGUUUGUUGCUCGUGUUAGUACAGGGGUGAGGAACUCUGGUUCUUGGGAGAUCCAUUGAUUCAAUGUCACAGAUAGCUCACACCUGUCUGACUGGAAAACCAGCAGACACAGCAGCUCCCGAGGACUAGUGUCUCGCCCAUCUGUUAGGAUGUAUACUUCCUGAGUUGUAGAGCCAGCUGGCGUCCAGUGGGAUUAAAAAUUACAGAAUGUUCAUAGAAAUAUAGGUCUACUACAUAGAACAGCGGUGCUUCUGUCAUAUGGAACAGGGAAACUGCUCUACACAGAAAUUAUAUAUUGAAUGUUGUGUUAUGUUUCCUCCAGUUGUCUAGCCGGGACCACUACUCUGUCUGAUUUCCAAGGUGCUGAUUUUUACUGUCUUUACAGGGAGUAUUGUUCAAUGUGAUCCAUAAUAAAAUAACAGAAACCACUUCA